AUGGAAAGAAAGAACUCUAAAUCGAAGACCACUAAACAAAGUCCUGUUAUAAGACAGACUUCGCGGCCACGAGUCUCAGUACCAGAUGACGUCACAAGUAUCGAAGACGUUGAACUUCGAUUAUUGGAUGAAGCCACGUUACAAAACGAGAAAAAAGAAGAAGAGUUUAUGGGAAACGAUUUAACAGCGGAAGAUUUGUAUAAUCCGACUGGAAAAAUACUUUCUCGAGAACCUUCUCCAAAUAGAGCUGUGAGUUUUGUUUUUUUUUUUACUAAUUUUUGGCUGAGUCGGAUAAGACAUUUCACGCAAAUGAGAAUACUUCACUUGCGUGAAAAUAUCAAUAUACAACUCUGGCCUUUUCUACGAUUCAUCCCAACUCUUUCGAAUUUUCAGGGACCCAGUAAACCAAAAUCUUUGUGUCGAACCAAAUCAAAAACCAGCAAAGAUGAUGAGUUGCCAGAUGAUUUAACACCACAGGAUGAAUUUGCACCAACCACAACCGGCGGAGAAGGAGAUGAUGAAGAGGAUUUGGCUGGACCAUCUCAUCGUCUUCAUCAAUAUAGACAUCGACGAAAAGAGGGACCAUCGCCAAAUAAAAGAUUGUCAUCAUCACCAGCGGUGGCGAAAAUCGCGCGAAAAAGUUCGGGUUCUGGUUCGAGUUCGCCGAAGAAACCGGACGUCAAGCCGAAACCGCAACGCAAAUCAAGUCGCCUUAAUUCAACUUCUGCUGCUCCGGAAGAUGAUGGCGAUGCUGACGAGGAGGAACUUCUCACUCCCGAUUCAAGCAACAAAAACCACCAAGACCAUCGAAGAAGUGAAUUUAAUUCCCACGAGGAGAAAAAACUAAUAAUAAUCACUAAAAAUUGA